AUGGCGUACAAUCCCUAUGGAGGUACUCAGCACAGAGGCCGGCCUUAUCCUCGCUAUGCAUCAGCUAAUCGAGUCUCAGCACCGCACAAUCCCUAUGGCGCGCCACCUGGAUAUGGCUAUCCGGGCGCGGCGCCUGGCAUGGCCGCUCCUCCUGGGUUAGGACCUCCACCAGGCAUGUCUUCUGCCCCGGGAAUGGCCCCUCCGCCGGGCUUCCAGCAAGCCAACGUGCCCCAAGCUAAUCGUCCAAGUGGCCUGCCGCCCUUCCAAGCCCCGACCAACAUGCCCAACAUCAACUUCAACGCGCCCGUGAUUCGACUGGGCACAGGAGCGUCAGCCGGUGGCGGCAGAUCCGAUGACCGACCAGCACAAUCCGGAGGAAGAGCCGGGCUUGGCAUGGAACGAGGUUCAGAUCAAGGGCGAAUGGCGGCGAGAGAGAGCAUGCAGACGCUACUGCCCCCGACGAGCGAUGAGAAACUCCGAACGAUCUUCCUACAUCAGAUUCCAGAGGGAUUGGGCGGCGACGAGGGCACGAAGAAGCUUCUUGGAGCCGUUGGUAAGCUGAGGCGCUGGGAUUCGUCGGAUAGCACGUCAGAAGAGCGAAAGGGAACCAAAUUCGGCUUUGCCUUGUACGAGGACUUUGAUUCCCUGGCAGCUGCGGUCAAGCUCCUUAGCGAAGAGGAGGUCCAAAUCCCCACCAAGAAGCAGCCGAGUACUAGUGAGCCUCCAGCCGACGACUCCUUUGAAGAUGUGGAAAAGAUAAAACUGCAAGUCGCAGUGGAUGCCACAUCGCUUAGCUACCUGGAGUCUUAUAAAGAAGGAAGGGCAGAGGAUGCAUCCUUUGAGCAGAGAAUAGAGAGCGCCCGCGCUGCGCUGAAACAGGUUAUCCGAGAGCUAUUCUACCCCCCUGUUGUCGAGACAGCCGAUACUAAUGGCGAUGUUACUAUGGGCAAUACCGAGACGGAGGAGAACGUGGAGGUGGUCAACAUACCCCUGGCACAGGAAGAUGAGCUGGCCGAUAUCCCCGCGGAGAUGCGAGAGGUCGUGGCUGGAGAGAUUGCUGCCUUCCGUGAGCGCAGCAAUCAACGGGACAUGGAGCGUCUACAGCGAGAAGAGGAGCUCGAAGAAAUGGAACGACGACGAAAUGGCGCUGGGCGAUCAAGACUGGCUUCACCACCACGAAACUCUAACAACGUGCCGCUGGGGCCUCGAGGCGUAUCGGUGCCCAACGCCCCCUCUGGACCCAAGGGCCAAGGCGGAUCUAACAGAGUGGCCUUUGUCAAUGGAGGAAUGAACAAUUCAGACUUGUCCGCUAGAAGAGACGACGAGGAUACCGACGCCAGUGACGAAGAGCUCUGGAAGAGAUAUACGGCUGAACGCAAGGCCGAGGACGACAAGAUUUAUGCCGAGGCCGAGAGGAAAUGGGUCAACAGAGAGCGGUCACGACAGGCGGCAUUGGAGCGAGAAAGAGAGCGAGAAAGGCAUGACGUUGAGAAUCUCGAGAGACGGAAACAAGAGCAGCUGGAAAGAGAGAAGUCAUGGGACGAUGAGCGGGAGGCGACGCGCAAAUCGCACAUUUACUACCGAGACCGCGCCGGCUGGGCAAGGAAACGAAACUCAGACCGAGCUGAGGAAGAGGCGCGAGACGAGGCCGACCGCCAGGCCGAAAAGGUGGAGCGAAACCGCGAGCAGGCCCGACUGGAACAUGCCCGGGGCAUGGCCGACGAUUUCCUGGACCAGCAGGCGCGGGAGAUGGAGCAGCGCGAAGCCGCCGCCGCUGCCGCCGCGCCGCAGCCCUUCAAGCUGUCUCUCGGAGCAGCAGCCCAGCGAGCGCAAGCCUCACGCGCUGCGCCUCAGCGCCGCACAAUCGCCGAAGUCGAAGGCCUCCUGGACGACGAGGAAGUCGAGUCCACCCGCCGCCAGCUCAUCCCCAUCCAGCUGGACGCCACCUCCGGCGCAGCAGGCAUGUCGGAGGAAGAAAUCUCGCAGGCCGUGCGGGCGCUCGCGCAGGAGAUUCCGUCGGAAAAGGACGGCCUCUGGGCGUGGGAGGUCAAGUGGGACUUUAUGGACGACGCGGUGGUGCGCGACAAGCUGCGGCCGUUUGUGGAGAAGAAGAUUGUCGAGUACCUGGGCGUGCAGGAGGAGAUGCUGGUGGAGGCUGUGGAGGAGCAUUUGCGCAAGCAUGGGACUGCUGGAGCGCUGGUGGAGGAGCUGGAGGGGGCACUGGACGACGAAGCAGAGGAUCUGGUCAAGAAGCUCUGGCGCAUGCUCAUCUUCUUCACCGAGUGCGAGAAACGAGGCUUGCCGGCGUAA